AUGUUUGCUUCACUCGAAAACUAUGCGUCCAUUGGAAUGCAAAGCGGAAAUACUUCUUCGUUCGAACCUAUGCAUGCUUAUAAGCAGACCAAUGCACCGACAUAUGCUCACAGACGAUUCCAUCCUUACACAGGUGACGUCAUGAAUAUCCAAAGACAUGGGACCGAAUCAUAUUUUGGAAGAGAAUGUUUUCCUGGAAUAGGUUUUAAUGUCCCCGUACCUACAGAAAUAAGUAACCUCUUGUCAAGUGGUGGACAUAAUUUCAUGCCAGGAACCUAUCUACCAAAUAAUAAUCAGUAUCAACACGAAACUCAGCAAACUAACUAUCAAUGGGCGUUUACACAAAAGUGUAUUCAGAAUCUUUGUGAACUCAACGCUGACACUGGAACCAAUCUUCAUCUCCCACCAUCCGCCCCCGGAAAAGAUCGAAGUCAUCCGUUUUAUUCUCGAAAACGGGCGGAACCAGCUGCGGGUAUGACGAGAACCAGGGAAAAGUACAGAGUAGUUUACACAGAGAAACAAAGACGUGGUCUAGAAAAAGAAUACAACAAAAACAAGUUUAUUACAACUGAGAUAAGAUCAAAGAUUUCUGAAGACCUUGGUUUAUCUGCAAGACAGAUUAAAAUUUGGUUUCAAAAUCGGAGGGCAAAAGAAAGAAGAGAUUCCAGAAAAGGCAAAUAUACGGAACAGACAGGAAAUAGUAGUGUUGAAGAGGAUGACAACGCACACGAACAUUCCCCUUCCAGUUUAGACAAUGCCAAUGAAUUCUUUACUUCCUGUCGUUUUACCGGAAGUGAAAACAGAAUCGAAGAGGGGCGAUUUAAUACUGGGCAAUGCCGAUAUUUAAAACAGACUGAAAGUCAUGGUAUCUGUGCCAACGGUACUACAUCUUCAAGGUCAUGUCUCUUUGAAUCACGUGAUGAACGUUGUAUCAAACCCUCUGUAUCGCCAACCGAAUGGCGCGUGCGAACCGGAAACAGUUUUAUGCCAAUUGUAGAUGUUUCACCUUUAACCGGAAUGGUAAAUAUUGAUAAGGAACUCCGGUUGUAAUACAUAUUGCUUUGUGCCAGGAAUUAAAAUAUGACAAAAAUCAGUUUACUUAUUGCUUGUAUUA